AUGGCUCAUGGCCGCUUGUGGGUACCGCUCGAUAGUGUCAUGGUUGACUCAGCUUGCCAGUUUUCGGCUCGUACGACAACAUUUCUCUGGCCGGCACAUCUUCAACUUGGAGUGCGGUCGCUAGUGAAGUAUUUCCACCUAAUGUACCCAAUGAGUACUCUACAAGAAACUAUUCGACUGACCAACAUCAAUUUAGCGAUGAAUUCAUUUCGUACCAUUGGACCUGGUGAUUUAUUUUGGUGGAUUGCGGUAUACGUAAAUACACCGUCCAACUACGCAUCAAGGUUCCAGAUGAGCCGUCACUGCUUCGAGCAGAUAUUGUACGCACUUGCGCUCUCGGACAACAGUCAGCCGGACGAUCCGUGGGAUCCGAUACGGCCCUUGAUGCUAGGGUUCAAUGAUCGAAGAAAAACGCACGUUUCUCCUGGAAAGAUUAUAGACGUCGAUGACUGA